AAGAAGAAGAAGAAGAAGAAGAAGAAGAAGAAGAAGAAGUGUGUGUCUGCUCAUGUCUUCAGUCAGUCAGGUGUCUCUCAUGCAAGCUGGUCCCUGAGAAGCUCCUCUGUGGUUUGAAGUGUGUUACGGAUGAAUCAAGUCUGAACUCCUGCAGCUUUUAAACACGAGAUAAACGUUUAAAUCUGGCUGGGAGACUUGGAGCUGUCGCCUCACACUCACACACCGGGCCUGACCCGACCCGCUGGGCUCUUUCAUCCUGCCGUUGGUGUGAUGUCCACACGCUGAGUCUGCUGAUAGACGAUCUAAACGGGGUUCUCACGCUUGGAGGGGCUGCAGGCUUUAUAAGACCCCCGAGGCAGCGGGUCCAGGCUGCCAGACGAAGCCCACCCUCUCAGCAUGGCUCAGAAAGCAGCUCUGAUCGUGUUCGCUCACCAGAGUCAGUCGUCCUUCAACGCCGCGGCCCGGGACGUGGCGGUCCAGGAGCUGACGGAGCAGGGCUUCAGGGUCACCGUGUCGGACCUGUACGCCAUGAAGUUCAGAGCCGAAGCCACACGGGACGACAUCAUCGGUGACUUUCCUCUGUACUGGUUCAGCGUCCCGGCCGUCCUGAAGGGCUGGAUGGACCGAGUGCUCACUCAGGGUUUCGCCUUCAGCCUGCAGAAGAUCUACGACUCGGGAGUUUUCAAGGAAAAAAAGGCCAUGCUGUCCUUCACCACUGCAGCGACACAGUCGAUGUUUCAGCCUGACGGUAUAAACGGAGACAUUAACGUCACUCUGUGGCCUCUGCAGAACGGCACUCUACACUUCUGUGGAUUCCAGGUCCUGGCUCCUCAGAUCUUCUGGGGUCCGGCCCACUGUCCCGCCGCCGUGCGCACCCAGAUGCUGGCAGGAUGGCGUGCACGGCUGCGGGCGCUGCAGGACGAGCGACCUUUGACCUUCGCCCGCUGCGAGCUGUUCGACCUCAGCUUCCAGGGGGGGUUCCUCCUGCGGCCGGAGGCGAGGAGCGAGCGAGACUUGCAGCCGUUCGGCAUCACCACCGGGCAUCACCUGGGGAAACCACUGCCACCUGACAACCAGAUUAAAGCCCCGCCCACAAAGGAAAACCACACAGGAAGCAGGAAGUAGAGCCUCAUUAUUUUACUGCAGAAUGAUGAGGUUUGAUGUUUAAAGCUGAAAUCAAACUCUACAUGCAGUUUCUACUGACAUCUAGUGGCCAAAAAACAAACAACUCAGUUUUUUUAAUGUAAUCUUUUAUUUUUCUGAUCAAAUAAAAAUUACUUUUUAUUUCAGCAAGUCAAUAAAACACCUUUGUUUCAUCCAGC